CGCUGAGCUGAAAAAUGGGUGCAAGCGCUUCAUUAUCCCUCUGUAAUGACCCAUCUUCAGUGAGAAUCCUGAAGCCCAGUGCUAAGGUCAGCCCUGAGCUCAUUGUUCCUGCUCAGGUUUCAGAGUCUGGGGUGUUGCCUAGAUGUGUAUUUGGUGUUUCCCUGGAAACUCUUAAAGAGGAUGGGCAGAUGGUCUGUGGAGUACCUCAUGUGUUAAGAGAUAUGGUGGAGUUCCUGGAAAAGAACGGACUGGACCACAGGGGUCUGUUUCGCUUGUGCGGCUCCGUGCUGCGAAUCAGGCAGCUGAGGCAGCGGUGGGACUGUGGAGACAGGGUGGACCUGGAGCAACAAGGGGACGUCCCCACUGUGGCUUCACUACUCAAACUCUUCCUAAGGGAAUUGCCUGUUCCUGUGGUACCUGAGCCCCAGCGUAGACAGCUGGUCCUGCACUUAACAGGCUAUGCAGAUGAACCAGAGCUGAACCAGAGACUGAGAGAAAACCUUUACCACCUCCCCUUUUCCAACCUCAAUAUUUUGUCUUACCUCAUCCACUUCCUGUGCAGAGUAGCUGCGCACAGCCACUCAAAUCAUAUGCCUGUGGAAAAUCUAGCUACCAUAUUUGGGCCGUGCAUAUUUCAUGUUCCAGCAGGGCCCAGGAUGCUGGAGGAGCAGAGUGUGUCCAACGCCCUGUUGCUCCACCUCCUCAGGCAUCAGGCACUUCUCCUCCCAGGCCCAGCUGAGGGCUCAGCAGCUUCAUCUGCUGCCUCUUCCUCACCUCCUCCUCCAACUCUGUCUGCCCUAUCACACUGUGAGGUCCAGUCUAACAGCAGUGAGUCUGAGCAUGGCGUAUGGAGGUUUGAGGAAGAUAUUGCAUCAGUUUCUGCAAAUGUUACUUUUGAACAGACAACACGGCUGCAAUCUGAGCUCCUCAGCAUCAGAGACAACAGCUAUGGAUCAACCGUCCUCCAUAGCCCUGACACACUGGCGCACGGUUGUGAAACUGGCUCUGACGUCAGCGCUGACAUUCAGGCAUUGAUUACAAACCAGGAUGUUCUGGAGGAAAGCGGCGAUAUGACAGAACCACCAGAACCAAGCCAUGCGCUCUCCUGCCCCGUGGACCCUGAGCGAGAACAACAACAACCAGAGAGUAGGCGAUCUCAAAGCAUGCAGGGGAUGUUUUCACAGAUGCCUCCACUUAUGACCACGUCUAAGGAGAAAGAGCAGGAAGAUGCUUCCUCAAACGCAGGGCGGGAGUCAUCUGUUUCGAAUCGCAGCAAAGCAAGUGAAUCACCACUCAAAACCCAGAGACAGGACACAGAGAGUCCAAAUAACUCUAACUUGCCACAAGGGCUCAUGUACAGCAAACCAGCUAACGACGGGGGUGAAAGAAAGAUGCUGCAAAAACUAUGGUGGCUUGUGAUGUCAUUGCAUUUGCCAGUUAUUGACAUACUUUUGUUUUCUAGCUUAUUGUGCUGCAUCAAGUGCAAGAAUGAAGAGAACGCCACAUUCUCACAAUGCAAGAAUAGCAAAGGAGGAGUAGGAUGCUGCGGUUCUCCUGACGGUCACGAUGGUUGCAUGGGCACGAACAGCAGCUCUGACAGCCCAUCCCUAAAACUGCAAGCUCUGGAGGCUGACUCAGGUCCACCGCCAGAAUCAUUAGACCCCCAAGCCCAGGAUAACGUACCGACACAGCAGCAGCCUCUUCCCAUGGAAACACAGCACCUCUGUCUGAACCACACGCCACCUUUGCCUCCGUCUCAGGAUCAGCACACAGUUGACUCAUCUCAGCCCGUACGCCGCCUGACACCAUCUUUAUCCUCAUCCAGCCUUGUUUUUUCCACUGCCUUGUGUUCUGAAGAUCUUUCUGAAGAACACAGUUUGCUGAGUCCACCCGUGAUCAACGCCAGUCCGCUCCUUUCUUGUUUUACGCCAGACGACAGCCCCGUCCCCUCGCCCCGCUGCUCCAGCCUCACCCACAGCCUUCGCUUCAACUUAGACCCUGAAGCAGCUCCAUCCCCGCCAUGCUCCCAGCAUAUUCACAUGGCCCGCUGCAGUGUCCUUACAGAACCAGAGGAAGGUUCUGUGUCCAUUUCGGUGCUCAACAGACACAUUCACACACUCCGAAAGAGGAUCAGACGUUUUGAGGAGCAUUUUGAACAGGAAAGGCACUACAAGCCCGCUCACAACGACAAAACUGCACAUCCAGAAGUGGCCAAACUGAUGAAGGAGCUCAUCAAGAGUCGUAAGCAGCUCAAAGGUCAAUUACUUAAUAAUGAACACACACUCACACUCGAAACUGAUUGCAGUGAAGAAGAGGAGGGGUCUGACGAAGAGUAUUUCAAACAACGAAACCCCAAGCAGCAACCGCUUCAGUUAAAGACGCCCACAUGUGUGUCCUCAGAUGAGUCGCAGAGUUCGUCUUCUCUAGAAACGUCUGAAACGCCCCUGGUGUCUCCGCUGGAAGAAGUGAAGAGUGUCCAAUCACAGAUUAUCACCAUGGCAACACUGCAUGAAGCAUCAAGGCAGGAAUUACUGGAUCACCUCAGGAUGGUUCGAUUAGAAAAGCGGAGACUUCACCAAGCGCUGCGAGAGUUUGAGGAACAUUUCUACACUCAGACCGGCAGGCUUUGUCAGAAAGAGGACCGUGGACCGAUGGCAGAGGAGUACUGCCAGUACAAGAACCUCAAAGCGAAGCUCCGUCUUCUGGAGGCUCUGCUCAGUAAACAAGACUCAACCAAGACAAGUUGA